GUUGUAUUGUUGUUGUCCCAUAAUAUUGUUAUUCUAUGAAGUUGUUAUUCCUGAACUUACAUAAAUUUAGCAAAAUACUAAAUAAAAGACUUUAUUACAUACGUUGCCGACCAAAUAAAGACGCUAAACUUACUGGCUGAUAAUAUUAUACGUUUGUAAUGAACCUAAGACUACGACUGCUUCACUUAUUUAACAAAAUUAACGGGACUUCUCAUACCAACUCCUUGACUUGACAUACAACCAAUCGACAUGUAUCAAGGUAACAAUGAUGACCGUAAGGAGGAUCACCCUCUAUAUUCUAGACUAUUUGUGGUAUGUAGUAGACAGACAAAAGAACAAGACUUGAGGACUGCCUUUGAAGAGUAUGGAACGAUUGAAGAUUUGUUUAUGCCUCGCAACCGUACCACUGGCGAGUCUAAAGGUGUUGCCUACAUCAAGUAUUCUAAAACUUCAUCUGCCGCUGCGGCCAUCAAAAAUCUUCACAUGAAAGCCAUGUACCAUGGGAAAACUAUUAAAGUAAUGGUAGCAGCUAACAAAAAUGACACUCAGCCCACAGAUCAAUACGGAGAUAAAUAUAACAGACUGUUUAUAAAAAUACCAAAAGACACCCAAGAAGGAGAUAUAGCCGAAUACUUUGCAAAAUUUGGCAAUGUUGAAUCAGUUUAUAAAUUAAAAGACAAAAAAUCGGGGGAGUAUAAAGGUUUUGCUUAUGUUAAGUUUGCAGAGUUUUAUGAAGCUGCAAAAGCCUUUGAAGAGUGUGACAAAAAUUAUAAGCCUAUUUUUGCCACACCCAAAGGAUUGAAAAGAACAUUAGACAAUGAAAGUUCAUGUCCUAGCCACUCAAAUAACAACUUUGAAUAUUACAGACAAACUCCAAACUAUGAACCUCCAAGAAGUGAUAUUAGUUCAUUAUUAAAGUCUGACAGGGCUGACUUCAAAGAUGUUUUAGUUACUUGUACUCCUAUAUUGUCAGAAAGAUAUAUUUACCAGUUGAUGAAUAUUAUCCCUGGUAUGGUUAAAUGUGAAAACUUCUCAAUGGACCAGGCCAAUGGCAUAUGUAGAGCUCAAAUUACAUAUGAAGAUACAAGGUCGGCCACUUAUGCAGUUGAAAAAUUAAAUAAUUAUGAAUUUCCAUCAGGGGAAAUAAUUUCAGUAAGACCUGACACCAAUCCGUUAACAAAAGCCGCCACUGACCUCUCAGAAAUUGUGAAAAACUUUAAAAAAUCAAGAGAUUCUGGAGCAGAAUUGUUAGAAUUAGCCAAUGCUAUUGAAAAAGCGUCUUCCUUGAUAAAAGCCGCAGCGAAAGGAGAGGUGGCCCCUAAUGCAGAAACUAGGCCAAGCUAUUGUAAUAUUCCGCUGCCUAUGAUUCAGCCUAAGGCCAAUGGGGCGAAAGUUGUUCAGAGGUUAUUUAUUGUGUGUAAGCCGAGACCGAUCCCUUUAGAAAUAUUGCAAGAUGCUUUUAUUCGUUUUGGAGAUUUUAUUAGUGUCAAUAUGAUACCAAAUAAAUCCUUUGGUUUUGUUAAAUAUGCUUCCAACUCCGCUGCACGAGAGGCAAUGAGGGUUCUGCAUGGAGCUAUGUUAAACGGCAUGAGACUGUGCGUGAUGGAAGCUGACGAAAGGCCAUCUACUGAAGAGCGAGUGGAGACUGAACAAGCUGACUACACUGACUCAAAGAGAAUGAAAUUUGAGUGAAUGUGACGCCAAUGGUUAUUGGUCAACUGACUUUUACAUUGUACAAUUAUUGGUGCUGACGAAUCUGUUGUAAAAAUCCAUUUGUAUUUAAAAAUUUACACUUUUUUGACAACAAAUGUAAUGACUUUACUUAAAUUCAAAAAUCAACCUUAUAUUUUUUUUUAAUGAAAUUUAAUGAGUUACUGACUUGAGAUACGGAAAUGGAGAUUAAAAAACAUAUCUUUAA